AUGAGCAUGAUCCGCGAGCAUCAAGCUGCCAAACAAGCUGGCAUAACAGGUGAUGACAAGCCAUAUACACCCUUCGAUGAGGCAUACCCUUUUCCAAUCAGUGGUUGCGAAGACGAAGACGCAGAAAUAUUAUUAUGCGCGAAAAGCGUGAGCGCUGAUGACCAAUUGCGAACUAAGCAGGACACGUUGGUGAUCAAGGCACCUUUGAUCUACGGCUACUCGAGACGUUAUUGCAACAACUGCUACAUCAACAAUGAGCCCAUCAUCGCUGCCUAUUGCUGCCCUAACACGCCGUAUUUUUACCAUACGGAGCUACCCGUAUGCAUCUCUCUGAACCGAUCCUUCGACUUCUCUGACGACUGA